AUGUCGAGCAUCUUCAAGAAACUCGAGCAGGGCCUCUCCGGCGUCUUCGGCUCCGACGAGGAGAAGCACUCGCACACGCACGAUGGAGCUGAGUGCCACGCUGACCUCCACUCCGAGCAUGCGGCGAACCGCUACUCAUCUUUUGCGCCCCAGACCUCUGGCCACGUAAAGUGGCACGUUGAUGGCUGCGCUUACUUCUGGGCGCUUUCUGAGGCCAUCGAAGAGGCGAAGGAGUCCAUCUUCAUCCUGGACUGGUGGCUGUCCCCAGAGUUGUUCCUGCGCCGGCCCCCGGCGAAGAACAACAAGUACCGCCUGGACAACAUGCUCAAGGCCGCAGCAGAGCGAGGAGUCCAGGUUAGGGUCAUCGUGUACAAGGAGGUCGCCCAGGCCCUGUCGUGCAACUCUGAGCACACCAAGCACGCCCUGGAGGAACUCCACGAGAACAUCAAGGUUUUCAGACAUCCGGAUCACAUGCCCAGCAAGCAGGACAUUAACGCUGAGAUCAACACUGCCUUCCACAACCUGACCCUCGGCGCUUUCAGCCUGUCCAAGAUGUCCGGGGACAGCCUGAAGACCCUCUACGGUACCCACGAUGAUGACUACAACAACGCACGAAUCUAUGACUUCGAGGGCGUCGACAAGUGGGAGCAGAACAAGCUUGACCGCACCAAGUUCUCGAGGAUGGGCUGGUCGGAUAUCAGCAUCUCGCUGGUCGGGCCCAUCGUGAAGAGCUUGGACCUCCACUUCACCGACCGGUGGAACUACAUCUGGGGCCAAAAAUACAACACCGAUGACAACACGAAGUACCAGAGACUCGAGGACAGUGAAGUCUCCCACGCCCCGCCCAGCCGGAGCCUUCUUGAGGAAGGGCAGUACGAGGCUGGCCAGGUGUUUGGUGGCAUCCAGCGCCAUUUCACCAGGGGUCUGAGCCGUGCUCGGGGCGAGGAGCCGCAGGAGCAACGCAGCGAGGGCAACGAGGCUCACAUCCAGCUGAUCCGAAGCUGCUGCCCGUGGUCUUCCGGGCAUCCUACCGAGCACUCCAUUGCGAACGCCUACAUCGACGCCAUCACGAAGGCAGAGCAUUUCGUCUACAUGGAGAACCAGUUCUUCAUCACUGCCACCGACGACGAGCAGAAGCCUGUGUACAACAAGAUCGGUGCGGCCAUCGUGGCCCGUAUUCUGCGCGCACACCAGGCCGGCGAGAAGUUCUCCGUCAUCGUCGCCAUGCCGGCCGUUCCCGCCUUCGCCGGUGACCUCAAGUCCGACGGCGCCCUGGGCACCCGCGGCAUCAUGGAGUUCCAGUAUAACUCCAUCAGCCGCGGCGGCCACUCCAUCAUUGAGAAGCUGACGCAGGCUGGCAUUGUGCAUCCCGACCAGUACAUCUCCUUCUACAACCUGCGCAACUACGACCGUCUCAACACCUCCGCCACCAUGCAGCGCGCGCAGAACGAGUCAGGCGUGCGGUACGAAGACGCCCGCCGCGAGUUCGACGACCACGUCGAGGCAGGGUACGACGGCUACUCCCGCGACGAGCACGUCGAGGGCCGGCUGGGAAGCCAGUACCGCCGCUACCAGGAGGCUGCGCAGCGCCAGGACGACAACACGUGGGACACGAUCUCGGCGGCGUACAUGGACCAGGGCCCAGACCUGAACUCGAUCCCGUGGGAGGGCGACCCGGAGGCCGAGAUCGACGCGUUCGUGUCGGAGGAGCUGUACAUCCACUCCAAGGUGCUGAUCGCCGACGACCGGCUCGUCAUCUGCGGGUCGGCCAACCUGAACGACCGGUCGCAGCUGGGCACGCACGACUCGGAGAUCGCGGUGGUGAUCGAGGACCCGACCCCCGUGCGCUCGCGCAUGAACGGCGAGGAGUUCACGGCGUCCAAGUUCGCCGCCAGCCUGCGGCGCCAGCUGUUCCGCAAGCACCUGGGCCUUCUGCCCGACCAGCGCUGGGACCGGCCCGACGCCAACUUCCACCCCGUCACCCGCGGGCCCAACGACUACGACUGGGGCUCCGAGGCCGACCGGCUCGUCGAGGACCCCAUCAGCGACGACUUCCAGCAGCUGUGGCUCAAGACGGCCCGCACCAACACCGAGGUCUUCAGCCGCGUCUUCCACAACGUGCCCAACGACGUCGUGCGCACGUGGGACGACUACGACUCCUUCUUCAGCAAGUACUUCAUCAUCCCCGGCUCGGACGAGGAGAAGGAGAUCAGGGAGAAGGAGGAGAAGGAAGAGAAGAAGCGCCUCAAGCGCGAGGCGGCUGAGCGUGGCGAGGCCACCGAGGAGGACAACGACGAGGAAAAGGAGGAUGAGGACAAGGAAAGAGAGGAGAAGAAGGACGACGAGGACGACAAGGAGAAGCCGGCCAAGGUCCCAUACGGCCACGUCGUCAAGAGCGAGUUCCCCGGCGGCGUCCAGGAGGUCAAGGAGCAGCUCCAGCGCAUCAGGGGCACCCUGGUGGAGAUGCCGCUCAACUUCCUGGUCGAUGUCAGCGACAUCGCCAAGUCCGGGCUGUCACUGAACGGCUUCACCGAGGAGAUCUACACGUAA